UCCUCCUUUCCACCCAUCCCCUCUCCACCUCACACGUCAAAAUGGCUGCCCGUAGCGCCGCUCUCAAGAUCGACUGGGUCAAGGUGACCAACUCCCUCGGCCUCCGCGGUCAGACCGCUGCCUCUCUGCAGGCCUUCAAGAAGCGUAACGAUGAUGCGCGCCGCAAGGUCCAGCUCCUUUCCGAGCAGCCCCAGACUGUCGACUUCUCCCACUACCGCCAGAUCCUGAAGAACCAGGCCAUCGUCAACGAGAUUGAGAACCACUUCAAGACCUUCAAGCCUGCUUCCUACGAUGUCAGCCGUCAACUGAAGGCCAUCGACGCUUUCGAGGCCCAGGCCGUCCAGAACGCUGAGCAGACCAAGGGCAAGGUUGAGUCUGAACUCCGCAACCUCGAGAAGACCCUGGAGAACAUCGAGACCGCCCGGCCGUUCGACGAACUCACUGUGGAUGAGGUUGCUGCUGCUCAGCCUGAGAUCGAUGAGAAGACCGCUUCCCUGGUCUCCAGGGGCAGAUGGAUGCCCGCCGGAUACAAGGAGCGCUUCGGUGAUCUGUCCGUUGUUUAAACCGACUAAUUCCCUGUAUCACUUGCAUGUUCCCUUAUCCUUCGACCAAUGUUAUUCACACGACAAAGUUUUCCCUCCGGCCAAGCGUGUUUAGCUCUAUAUCUGGCAGUGUGAUGCCGGUUGUCGGGUUGUGUAUAGAAACUGUUCAAUUUAGAAGAUCUUCCGCAAUUCUUUCGUACAUGUUCUCCAGUAAAGGGCCAUAUACAGUCUUUAUAUAAGGUUUCUAGACCCGACUCUCUUGAUAGAAACUUAAGUCUCCCCCUUGUUGACUAGGGCUCUUUGUUUUGCUUGAUUGAUAUUGCAAUACUUCGAUGCAGGAUAUUAUAGAGAGAUAUCAUUCGACUAUAGAAACACCAGUCGAG